AUGAGUGGCUACGAUAGUGCAUUAUCGAUUUUUUCUCCUGACGGCCAUGUGUUCCAGGUUGAAUACGCUUCCGAGGCGGUGAAGCGAGGCAUGUCUGCAGUGGGUGUUAAGGGAGCCCUGUGUGUUGUUUUGGGGUGUGAAAAAAGAACAACGUUAAAGCUACAAGACCCUAGAAUCACUCCUUCCAAAAUAUGCAAAGUGGAUGGCCAUGUCAUGUUGACUUUCGCUGGAUUGAACGCUGACGCCCGUAUCUUGGUUGAUAAAGCCCGUGUAGAAGCCCAGUCCCACAGGUUGAACUUGGAAGACCCUGUGUCGAUUGAGUACUUGACCAAGUACGUGGCUGGCGUGCAGCAGAAGUACACCCAGUCGGGCGGUGUGAGACCGUUUGGUAUCGCCACGAUGAUUGCUGGCUUCGACGUCAACGAUACCACUCCUAGAUUAUAUCAGACAGAACCCAGCGGGGUGUACAAUGCGUGGAGGGCCCACGCCAUUGGCAGAUCGGCGAAAACGGUGAAGGAGUUUUUGGAGAAGAACUAUGAGGAGAACCAGACAGACGAGCAGACCAUAAAGUUAGCGGUCAAGUCGUUAUUGGAGGUGGUUCAGACGGGUGCCAAGAACAUUGAGAUUUCGGUGUUGAGGCCCCAUGGCAAGAUUGAGGAGUUGCCAGUUGAGGAGAUCCAAAAGUACGUGGAGGAGAUCGAGGCAGAAAAGCAGGCGGAGGCAGAGAAGAAGAAGCCUAGCUCGAGGGAUUGA